AUGCUUCAGUCUUUUAUUUCUGAGUCGAGUCUGGAGCAAUUGCUUCAACUCCUACCAGCACCGGAGCAAAGCCAACGCAAAUCCGCAAUACCAGAUUUAGAUCCCCGAGAUCAUAAAUUUUCUUGGGUGUUUGAAAAUGUUGACUAUAAGUCCUGGAGAUCCAAUGAUAGCCGUUUCGUCCUUUGUCUCUCUAGCCCUCUAGGCCACCACUUAUCUCAAGUCACAUCCUACGCCGUGGACCAAGAGGAGAAGGCCAACCGCCCUGUUCUGUAUUGUUUCUGCUCGAAACUAAAAAAUGGCGAGUUUUACAAAGGUGGCCAGAAUGCUGAAGGCCAAAAUAUUGCACUUGCUAGUGCCCUCAUUUACACACUUCUGAAGCAGAUUGUUCUUCUUUCACCGAUAGAGAAAAGACUACUAAUCAUGCAUAAUCUUAUCAAUUCCCUGCUGCAGAAGAUUUUCGAAAACCCCCCCAGUCAAAACUGGACGGAAAAUGGUUUCGAUAGCAAUGAUCCUUUCAAAGGUUUACAUGAAUUUCUUUGCAAUACGACAAUAGAGGAUCUUUUAGCUGUUUUCCAGGUCAUUCUAGAUUAUGCCAAACCACAACCCACCUUAGUUGUUCUCGAUGGAAUAGAAAAAGCUUACCAAGGUGGCCGGUUUCUUCACCUUGUUGGUGUGCUCAUAAACGACCUUCGACGACAAAGCUCAAAUAUCAAGGCAUUACUUGCAGGCCCGACAAUUUGUGAUAUUACUGCUCUUUCCCAAGAGAGUGUGUUUAUCGAGUAUGACAAGGAGCGAAAAGAGUGCCUAUCUAGCCUCGAGUUUGAAAACACGCGCUAUGAAAAGAUUACACCAGAACAAAGCGGCUCCUUCAAGUGGAUUUGGACGCAUGAUGAGUACAAACGUUGGUCCAUUUCAGAAACUUCUCGCCUACUCUAUAUACAAGGGAAACCUGGUAGUGGCAAAAGCACUCUCACAAAAUAUUUUGACUCUAAUCUCCCAACUAGAGAGCCAGCUGCAAAGAAAGCUAUCGUGGCAAAGUUCUUUUAUAGUUUCAGAGAGGGCGAACCCCAAAGGAGCCACUAUAACAUGCUUCUUUCGCUUCUACAUGACAUCUUAUCUCAGGAAAAAAACUUCUUUUACCAUUAUUGUCAAGCCGAAUAUCGGGCUCAUCAUUGCUCUGGAUCGAAAUGGGACUACCAAUCUCUGAAACGAAUAUUUGGGUCAUUACAAGACUACUAUUCGACAUCAAAGCGAUUAUACAUUAUCAUCGAUGCGGUCGAUGAAUCCGAGGAAGCAGACAGACAUGAUAUUCUCAAUCUACUUUACGACUUGUGUUCUAAUACAAAAUACUGCGUCGUCAAAAUCUUUAUCGCAAGUCGACCAGUAACACAGCUAGAAGCCCGCCGAGACCAGUUCCUCAAUUUUAUUAGGUUACAAGAUGAAACGACACUUGAUAUUUCCAAUUUCGCCAAUUCUUUACUUCACGGCCUUGAUCUUACUCGAGCGACUGCAUAUAUGAUUGAAAAUGCCCAAGGAGUUUUCCUUUGGGUCAAAUUGGUGGGCAAGGAAUUGCUAAGGUUCCAUGAAGAUGGAUAUUCUGAACAUGACAUAUUUCUUAUGCUUAAACAACUUCCAACAGAACUUGAAGAAUUUUACGGACUCAUGCUAGAUAAAAUGAGAACAAACAAGUCAUGCCUGUCUUAUGGAUUGAAAAUGUUUCGAUUCAUUAUGUUUGCACGGCGGCCUCUCAGGGUGGAGGAACUUCUCCACAGUCUCGGUAUUCCAGACAAUAUUGAACCCGACUCGAUUUCCAAUCUCACUGAUGAGAUUUUCGAGCAACGUGUACCAUUAUCGGAGAGAAUCAUCGUCUCUUGUGGUGGUAACUUCUUAGAAAUUAAAGAACGGAACGAUGGACAUCGGGUAGUCCAAGUUAUACAUCAAACUGCCCUCGAGUUUCUCCGCGAUCCUCAUGGAGUGGUUUCGAAAUCAGAGUUUCGCAUAGAUGAAGAACAUGCACAUAUGUUCAUAGCCACAACUUGCUCCCGAUAUAUAAUGCUUUGCGCUGCCAGCACCUCCCAACGAGAGGGGCUACCAGAUCUCGAACAUUGGAGUUCCAACCAUUAUGAUUAUUACGCAAAGUACCUUAAUAAAAGACCGCUGGCAUUCUAUGCUUCCAACCAUUUAGAAUACCAUGUCAAU